AUGGCACCGAUUAAUUCGAAUCUAAACGACAAAGCAAAAUCUCAACAAAACGAUCAGAUGGGGAAAAUGAAUAAUAUUGGUCAAACUCAAAAUUUUCCUUCAUUCACACUACAACACCCAUUAAUGCCUUCAUUAUCAUACCAACAACAACAACAAUAUCAAAUGCUCCCGAAUUACACCAACCCAAUGUCCAAUCCUUCUAAUUCGAUAAAUCAACCUCAAAUGUUCCCGGCUUACCCUAAUCCAAUGUUGAAUCCGUCCAAUUCAACAACUCAACCUCAAAUGCUCCCGAAUUACCCUAAUCCAAUGUCCAAUCCUAACGAUACAACAACUCAACCAAAACUUGAAAAAUGUGGGUGGGUGGUUGGAAAUAUUUCUUUUCAAGGUGGAAUUAACACUUCCGAACUUCAUGUUAAUUUAAGAAAUAACAUUACAGUUGGAAAAGUGAAUAAAUUAUUGACUAAAACCACCUUAGAUACGUUUAAAUUUAUUGAAGAAUUAUUAGUUGAUUAUCCUUCAAAGAAGGUUGUUCAAGAUGGAGGUCAAAUGAAGAAAGAAAUACAAGAAUCGGAAACUAUGCAUAAAAAGGAGAUUGAAGAUUUAAAAAAAGAAUGUGAAAAAAUGAAGGUUAAGUGUUCUAAUUGGGAAUAUAAAUAUGGAAUGUUGCUUCGACAAAUUAAUAAAAUGAAGAAAAAUGAAAGUGGAAAAAAUAAAGAAGAGGAAAAGAGUAAAGAUAAGGCCAUAUUGGAUGUUGUUGAUGUUGUUGAAGACGAGGAUCCGGAAAUUAUUAAUGAUUUUGACUUACUUCAAGAUGAUAAAAUUGAAGAGGAGGAAUCUUCAACAUGUUCAACAUGUUCAACAUGUUCAAGUAAAAUAAUGGGGAAAAAAGUUUGAAAAUUGAAUAAGAUAAAAAGGGGGAUUUUUUAAUUUUUUUGUAACGUUUAAAAGUUGGAUGUAUUUGAGUUAUUUUUUUUUUAUUUUCUUACUUGAUUUUAUA